GCUACUUCCUUUUUCCGUUCGGCCAUUUUCCUCCCUCGUAGGGAAGUAGGCAGCCAUGGCACCCAACCGGAAUGGAAUGAUUUUGAACCCCCACUUCCACAAGGACUGGCAGAAAAGAGUCCGCACCUGGUUCAACCAGCCAGCCAGGAAGCUCCGCAGGCGAAAGGCUCGUCAGGCUAAGGCACGUCGUAUUGCCCCUCGACCUGUUGCUGGACCGUUGAGACCACAGGUUAGGUGUCCCACCAUCAGGUACCACACCAAGGUGCGUGCCGGACGUGGUUUCACCUUGGAGGAACUUAAGGCUGCCGGCAUCCACAAGAAAACAGCCCGCACUAUUGGCAUCGCUGUCGACCCUCGUCGUCGCAACAAGUCCACAGAAUCUCUUCAGGCCAACGUGCAGCGCUUAAAGGAGUAUCGCUCUAAGCUCAUCCUGUUCCCCAGGAAGGCUACUGCUCCUAAGAAGGGAGACAGCAAUGCCGAGGAACUGAAGAUGGCCACCCAGCUCUCUGGAACUAUCAUGCCCAUCAAGAACGUUCACAAGCGGGAGAAGGCCCGCAUGAUCACAGAAGACGAGAAGAACUUCAAGGCGUUUGCCAGCUUGCGCAUGGCCCGGGCUAACGCUCGGCUUUUCGGCAUCCGUGCCAAGAGAGCCAAGGAGGCUGCAGAGCAAGAGAUGGAUAAGAAAAAGUAAAAGGAGUUGCUGUUCAACUUUACAAAAUAAAAUGUUAAAAAGA